AACAAACAUCAUCAUGUGUAUGGACAUAUCCUUGUCAUUGAACAAACCUAUUACAAUAACAAAAGAAUAAAGAACCUGGCUCUUGUGUCCGGAGCUUAUUCUCUUCCUCUAUAAACAAUUUAUUGGUUUUCGCCUCUACAAUCCCAACACAGAUCACCACUUCUCUUCUCUCAGCAAUGUCAAUAAGCUUAAUGAAUCUGUUACUUUCUCCCAAAAUCUUCUCCCUCACCUUGCUUCUCUUGAUAAACUCUCUUUGCUUUUCUUAUUGUUACUCCCUUAAUGAACAAGGACAGGCGCUUUUAGCAUGGAAGAACAGUUUAAACAGUUCUGCAGAUGCAUUAGCAUCUUGGAAUUCUUCAAACCCAAGCCCAUGCAACUGGUUUGGGGUGCACUGCAACUUACAAGGAGAGGUGGUUGAGAUAAACCUGAAGUCAGUGAAUUUGCAAGGUUCAUUGCCUUCAAAUCUUCAAUCUCUCAGGUCCUUGAAGAUUCUUGUCCUCUCAUCAACCAACAUCACAGGAAGGAUUCCAAAAGAAAUUGGAUACUGUGAAGAGCUCAUUGCCAUUGAUCUCAGUGGCAAUUCUCUCUUUGGUGAAAUCCCAGAAGAAAUUUGCAGGCUAAGCAAACUGCAGAGUUUGGCUCUCCAUGCCAACUUUCUUGAAGGCAACAUUCCAUCAAACAUAGGAAAUUUGACAACUCUUGUGAACUUGACACUCUAUGACAACAAACUGAGUGGUAAAAUUCCAAAGAGUAUUGGCUACUUAAGAGAGCUCCAAGUGUUCAGAGCAGGAGGGAACACAAACCUUAAGGGUGAGAUGCCAUGGGACAUUGGAAACUGCACCAAGUUGGUGAUGUUAGGCCUUGCAGAAACCAGCAUUUCUGGGAGUCUUCCUUCUUCAAUAGGAAUGCUGAAAAGAAUUCAGACCAUAGCCAUAUACACAACUCAGUUGUCAGGCUCUAUCCCAGAAGAGAUUGGGAAGUGCAGUGAGUUGCAGAACCUGUACUUGUAUCAGAACUCAAUAUCUGGUUCAAUUCCAAGUCAAAUUGGAGAGCUAAAAAAACUUCAGAAUCUACUCUUAUGGCAAAACAAUAUAGUAGGAACAAUCCCAGAGGAACUUGGAAGCUGCACAGAACUCAAUGUCAUAGACUUGUCAGAAAAUCAACUCACAGGUAGCAUACCAACCAGUUUUGGUAAGCUAUCAAAUCUGCAAGGGCUUCAACUGAGUGUUAAUCAGCUUUCAGGUAUUAUACCUCCUGAAAUCACAAAUUGCACUUCCCUGACUCAACUAGAAGUUGACAACAAUGCUGUUUCUGGCGAGAUUCCUCCUCUUAUUGGCAACUUGAGAAGCUUGACUCUGUUCUUUGCAUGGCAGAACAAGCUCACAGGAAAAAUCCCAGAUAGUCUUUCGCAGUGCCAAGAUCUCCAGGCACUUGAUCUCUCUUACAACUUUUUAACUGGUCCAAUUCCCAAACAACUAUUUGGACUGAGGAAUCUCACUAAACUGCUGCUUCUUUCCAAUGACUUUUCGGGCUUUAUACCACCUGAGAUAGGUAAUUGCACAAGUCUCUACAGGUUGAGGUUAAAUCACAAUAGACUGGCAGGUACCAUUCCAUCUGAGAUUACCAACUUGAAGCAUUUGAACUUUUUGGAUAUUAGCAGCAAUCAUCUUGUUGGGGAGAUUCCUGCAACACUAUCCAGUUGCCAAAAUCUUGAGUUUUUGGACCUCCAUUCAAAUAGUCUCACUGGUUCAGUACCAUAUAAUCUGCCCAAAAGCCUGCAGUUAAUAGACCUCUCAGACAAUAGGCUAACAGGUGCACUGAGUCAUUCCAUUGGUUCAUUGACUGAACUAACCAAACUCAUCUUGGGAAAGAAUCAGCUCAGUGGAAGCAUCCCAGCAGAGAUCCUAUCUUGCUCUAAGUUACAACUUCUAGACUUGGGAAGCAACAGUUUCUCCGGUGAAAUUCCCAAGGAAAUUGCUCAAAUUCCUUCACUAGAAAUCUUUCUCAACCUCAGCUGUAAUCAAUUUUCUGGAGAAAUCCCACUCCAAUUCUCAAGUCUUAGAAAACUUGGAGUGCUUGACCUCUCCCACAACAAACUCUCUGGGGACUUGGAUGCUCUUUCCAACCUUCAGAACCUUGUUUCAUUAAAUGUUUCCUUCAAUGACUUCUCUGGUGAAUUACCGAACACCCCUUUCUUCCGAAAGCUCCCUCUCAGUGAUCUCACUGCAAAUAAUGGUCUCUACAUUGCUGGUGGUGUUGUAACUCCAUCUGACAGAAUGGAAGCCAAGGGUCAUGUCAGAUUGGCUAUGAAGAUUAUAAUGUCCAUUCUCUUAGUCACCAGUGCAGUACUAGUACUGAUCACAAUCCAUGUCUUGAUCCGUGCUCAUGUUGCUAACAAAGCACUCAUGGGAAACAACAGUUGGGUGAUGACUUUGUUUCACAAGUUUGAAUUCUCUAUUGAUGACAUUCUCCAUAGUUUGACAUCAUCCAAUGUGAUUGGCACUGGAAGUUCUGGUGUUGUGUACAAAGUCACAGUUCCGAAUGGCCAAACAUUAGCAGUUAAAAGGAUGUGGUCAUCAGCAGAAUCUGGAGCAUUUACUUCUGAAAUUCAAACAUUAAGUUCAAUAAGACACAAGAAUAUCAUCAAGCUUCUGGGUUGGGGGUCCAGUAAGAACAUGAAGCUUCUGUUUUAUGACUACCUCCCUAAUGGAAGCUUGAGCUCAUUGCUUCAUGGUUCAGGAAAGGGAAAAGCAGAAUGGGAGACCAGAUAUGAUGUUAUGUUGGGAGUGGCUCAUGCACUUUCAUAUUUGCACCAUGAUUGUGUGCCUUCCAUACUGCAUGGAGAUGUCAAAACCAUGAAUGUGUUAUUAGGUCCUGGCUAUCAACCUUACCUUGCUGACUUUGGACUGGCUAGAAUAGCAAGUGAAAAUGGUGAUUUUACUGUUUCCAAGCUUGUUCAAAGACCCUACCUUGCUGGUUCCUAUGGAUACAUGGCUCCUGAGCAUGCAUCAAUGCAACGGAUCACUGAGAAGAGUGACGUGUAUAGUUUUGGGGUGGUCCUACUUGAGGUCCUGACAGGAAGGCACCCACUAGACCCAACCCUUCCUGGGGGUGCACACUUGGGUCAGUGGGUUAGGAACCAUUUAGCAAGCAAAGGAGACCCAUAUGACACUCUUGACCCAAAGCUGAGAGGUAGAACUGACUCUACCAUGCAUGAAGUGCUACAAACUCUAGCUGUGUCAUUUCUAUGUCUAAGCACCCGAGCUGAGGACCGUCCAACAAUGAAGGACACUGUUGCAAUGCUCAAGGAAAUUCGACCUUUCGAGGCCUCAAGCACAGAUCCUGAUGUAUUGAAAGGAGUUUUAACAGCACCUACUUCUCCAUCACCUAAGAAGGUAGUUUUACAUGAAACUUCCAAGUGUUCCUUUAAUUUCACAGAGGACUCAAUCUGCUGAGCAAGUAUGCACGAAACUACGAUUCGUAUCAAUUGUGCAUAGUCAAAUGGAAUGGCAAUUAGAGUUGGCCAGAAUUACUAGAGAUAUGCAAAUGUAAUGUAAGAUGUAUAAUGCAUAUGUUCAAGAAUCCAUGUAUUGGAUAUAAAUAAAAAGCAUUCUAGAAUCCAGAUCUGUUUCAGGCUAAUUGGUUUCUCAAUAUGAUAUAAAGGAUCUCCUUGGCC